AAUCAAUCACGAAAAUUACUCAAUCUCGCAGCGGAAAAAGGGAAAUAUUUCUAGGUUAAAUAUUCCUCAUCGGCCGCCGCUACCCAAAUUGCUUAAUUAAAUUAUAGAACGUGAAUUUGUGGUUUCAAGGGGAUUGCGCACAAAAUUAAAUCAUAAUAUUUUUAACAUUGAUGUACUAAUGGAGUCUAAAGGUGGAAAAAAGAAGUCCAGUAGUAGUUCCUUAUGUUACGAAGCUCCCCUUGGAUACUGCAUUGAAGACAUUCGACCAAACGGUGGCAUCAAGAAGUUCAGAUCUGCUGCUUACUCCAACUGCGCUCGCAAGCCAUCAAUGGCUCUGUCUGCUUCCCCAAUCGGUUUUGAAGGUUUUGAGAAAAGGCUCGAAAUAUCCUUUUUCGAGCCAAGCAUCUUUGCUGACCCCGAAGGAAAGGGACUCCAAUCCCUUUCCAAAUCUCAGAUUGACGAAAUCUUGGGACCCGCUGAAUGCACCAUAGUUUCUUCGUUGUCUAACGAACACAUUGACUCGUACGUCCUCUCCGAGUCCAGCCUCUUUGUGUACCCCUACAAGAUUAUCAUCAAAACUUGCGGUACAACAAAAUUGCUUCUUUCGAUCCCACCCAUUCUGAACCUGGCCAAGUCCCUCUCUCUUUCGGUCCAAACCGUGAGGUACACCCGUGGAAGCUUCAUCUUCCCUGGAGCCCAGUCGUACCCUCACCGCAACUUCUCCGAAGAAGUUGCUGUUCUUGAUGGCUAUUUCGGCAAGCUUGGUUCAGGCAGCAAGGCUUACGUUAUGGGAGGUUCCGACAAAGAGCAGAAGUGGCAUAUCUACUCUGCAUGCGCUGCAUCGGUCGAAGCUGAGAACCCCGUUUACACACUGGAGAUGUGCAUGACUGGCCUUGACAGGGAAAAGGCUUCUGUUUUCUUCAAGAAACAAUCCAGCUCUGCUGCUUUGAUGACUGAGGUUUCUGGCAUAAGAGACAUUCUCCCAGAAUCAGACAUCUGCGACUUUGAUUUCGAGCCGUGUGGCUAUUCGAUGAACUCAAUUGAAGGAGCCGCGAUCUCGACUAUCCACAUCACCCCUGAAGAUGGUUUUAGCUACGCUAGCUUUGAGGCGGCUGGAUAUGAUUUCAAGCAUGUGAAUCUUGGUGAGCUGAUUGAUAGGGUUCUGUACUGUUUUGAGCCGAGCGAGUUUUCUGUGUCUGUGCACGCACAACUAGGUGCGAAGAUGUUCCAGCACAUUCAAGCGCUGGAUGUGAAAGGAUACACUCAUGAAGAGAGGAGCAUUAAGGAGCUGGGAAUGGAUGGGUCGAUUGUCUACCAUAAGUUUGCUAGGGCUGCUUUCUGUGGAUCUCCUAGGUCAACUCUCAAGUGUUUUGGAGAAGAGGAUUCUGAAGAAGAAGAAAAGGAGUAGCAUCGUUCGUUUAUUUUUAUUUUUUACUGCUUUGAAUAAAAUGAUUGGCUUUGCCAUUCGUUAGCGGUCAGUAAUAUUUUGAUAUUAUUUUGUUUGUGUUUGAAUAUUCUAUCGUUGAAGACUCUGUUUUUGUUUCGAUUGACAGUCGAAUAUACGGCUGUGUUGCUAUCUAUUAUAAAGACUCGAUUUUGGUAUUAAUUGUUUAUGUUGUUGGUGUU